CUUCUCGCUGUUGCCUCGGUCCGAUCGACUACUGAUCCAGCGCUAGCUCAUCUCCAGAGCAGUUGCCCAAGCCGGUGCCUGCCGAGUCUGGCUUUGGUCGGACCUGUCCAGUCGCUCAAGAAGUGCACAGCGGCCUCGAGCUUCACUCUGCAAAGUGCACGCCCGCCUCCCCAUGCACCUGCCCGGUUGCGCACCAGCCAUGACCGACGGGAGCUUCUCGCUCUCUGGCCACCUGCUUCGCAGCCCGGGCGGGAGCACCUCGCGCUUGCACAGCAUUGAGGCCAUCCUGGGCUUUACCAAGGACGACGGGAUCCUAGACCCCUUUCCUGCAGAGAGGGGUUCCAGGGGCGCGAAGGAACGGGAUCCCAGGCUGGGGGCGCGGCCCGCCUGCCCCAAGGCGCCAGCCGAAGGCUCUGAGUCUUCCCCACCGCCAGCCCCAGGGCUGGUCCCGGAGUAUGAAGCUUCUCGCCCCUGCUACCCCAAGGAGCAGGGAGAGGCACGGCCAAGCCCAGGACUGCCGGUUGGACCAACAGCAGGUGACUCGAAGCUGCCGGAGGAGGAACCUCCCAAGAAGAAGCACCGACGCAACCGCACAACGUUCACUACGUACCAACUGCACGAGCUGGAGCGGGCCUUCGAGAAAUCCCACUACCCCGAUGUGUACAGCCGUGAGGAGCUGGCGGGCAAAGUUAACCUACCCGAGGUUCGGGUUCAGGUGUGGUUCCAGAACCGACGGGCUAAGUGGAGGCGGCAGGAGAAACUGGAAGUGUCGUCCAUGAAGCUGCAGGACUCUCCCCUCCUCUCCUUCAGUCGCUCCCCGCCUUCCUCGGCUCUGGCUCCUCUGGGAACCGGCGCGGGCAGUAGCGGACCUCCCGGGAGUGCCCUGCCGCUGGAGCCUUGGCUCGGGCCGCCCCUGGCGGGUGGAGGCGCCACAGCGCUGCAGAGCCUGCCGGGCUUCGGGCCACCGGCGCAGGGCCUCCCGGCCAGCUACACACCACCGCCGCCCUUCCUGAACUCCACGCCCCUGGGCCCCGGUCUGCAGCAGCUCGGGCCACCGCCCGCAUACCCGUGCGCGCCCGGAUUCGGGGACAAGUUCUCGCUGGAAGAGGCAUACCCGCGCAACAGCAGCAUCGCGGCGCUGCGCCUGAAGGCCAAGGAGCACAUCCAGGCCAUCGGGAAGCCCUGGCAAGCCCUCUAGAGGCGCUGCGGAGCGUGAUGCGAGCCCUGAUCACCCAGCCUGGGUGGCCGCUCUCUCUUUGCUAGUCCAGCUGCUGGCCACUAACCAGCCUCCGGUGGGACACUCGCGCCUUCUCCUGACUGUCAAGAAAGGCCAACUGAACCCCAACUGGGUUACCAGAGGGACGAGCUGCAAGUCCCCCUGGCCACACCGCUCCUAGCUGCUCCCCAUAAGCAUCAGCACCCAUCACCAGGAGGGACCAAGGAUAUUGACCUGGGAUGUUCCGGAUGGAGGGAAAAGGGAGUCAGAAAACUUAGAG